CUCACGCCUUUCCCGCAUCACGGCGGCUCCCUUACACCUACAUCACGUUUUAAUCGGGAUGCGAUCGCAGUACUAAACAAUUCCGGGAUCGAAGGAGGCUGCAUUUGCAUUUACGGAUUUUGUCAAAUAAGUUGCAUACUUUAUUAUUAUAUUUCACGGUUAGUACGGCAACUGGUUAUCGAGGGAGAUAUUAAUGUUACCGUUACUGAUGUGGAUGUUUUGAAGUGCAAAUGCAUAUCGUUAUUCGACAUAUGGACGUUGGGUCGUUUUUUCUAUUGAUAUAACUUCAUUAAGAGGUAUCAGGAAUAAUAGCAGAGAGAGAAAGAAAACAUUUUGACUGCAUAAUGGCUUUGAACAAUGACACUACAAAGCCCAUCCCUGAUCCUACCAUUGUGUCAACUGAUCCUGGAGAAGAACCGGUGGAAGUUGACCAUGCACCUGACUCUCAGCAAGCUUCUAGUGUGGAUCCAGCCACCCCUCAGUCGGUGCCAGGGGAACAACAAACUCUCCUGCCCUCAGAGUCCGCACCCUGCCCCAGCCCUGCUUCUCCUGCUACUGACUCUGCACCUUGUGUGGAGGUGCGAUCUGAAGAGGAAGUGGUUCUGAUUGAUGAAAAGAGAAUGGAGAAUGGGAAUAGCAUUUGCCCUGUGCCCGCUGACAGCACUCCCCCCUCGUCUCUGCCCUCCCCACCUCGACACCCGCAUGGUAAAUCGCACACCCACUCUCAGAAUGGCAGGGCUAGGCUAGGCAGCCGCUCGGGGUCGCUGGGUCAUGUGACAGCAUCGCCACGACCAUCGCUGUCUCGCCACCCCAGCAUCGUGACGAAUGGCACGGGAGACGGAUCCAAACCCAAGGACUAUCUAAUACUAGCCAUCCUGGCUUGCUUCUGCCCCGUUUGGCCUAUCAACAUAGUGGGAUUUGUUUACUCAGUGAUGUCCAGGAAUAGUCUACAGGAGGGCAACGUAGAUGGUGCUCGACGUCUGGGCCGGGUGGCCAAGCUACUGUCUGUGGUCUCCCUGGUGGGAGGGGUCCUCAUCAUUGCUGCCUUCAUCAUCAACUGGGGCAUUAUUCUAAAAUCCUAAGUAGUGCUUCUGCACAGACCAAGCUAAACAUCAGCCAACACAUUUGGAUUAUUUUUCAUCAAUCAAAUUGAAGCAUCUACCUUCUACCAACACUAUGCUAUUGGCUGUACUUUCUUCUCUCAAUGACGAGCUAUGGAAAGUAAAACAACCUAUACCUCAAUUCUGUCAACCUUAUAUAGCUUAACUGCUUCUGAGAAACAACACCACACCAAAAUUUAUCAGAGUCAACUUUAUAUUCCAAAUUGAGGGACUGCAGUUGACUAAAUGAGUAACACCAAAAAUAUCUUGCAUGUUUCCAGGACUCUUGAUACCAUUGGUGAUAUGGUGAACAUUAAAAAAUUUAUAGGAAAAGGUCUGACAUAGAUGUUCUUUCACAACCUUAAUUUACCAUCUUCGGUGUAUGCGAAGACUAUCUGUGACCCUGUGCAAAUGUACUGUACUCAAGAUCUUCAAGAACAUUGUGCCAAAAUCACUGGGGGACUAUAAGGAGGAAUCGUUGUUAAGAAGGCAGUAUCUAGUACACGAAAAGGAGAAUGAAGAAUAUUUAGUCUGAUUUUUAACAUACCUAAUACUAUUUCCAAAUUUAACCAUGAAAUUAAAAAAUACUCUUCAAUUAAAACAAUUUUAGCCAUUUUAACUGUAGCAUAUCAAUCUAAUAUUAAGAUAAAUUUGUAACAAAGGCCAAUGUUGAAAUCAUUAGGAAUGAUUUCAUUUAGAAUUUUGGAGUUUUGUGAAACAAAACUAUGAAUGUAGAUUUCCAAUUUAUUGCAAAAAGAGAGACAAACCACUCGGCGAAUACUGAUGAUUUUUCAUGACUAUCUACCCUUUUAAAUUGAAUUUGAAAUAUCAGGAAAUGCAAGUAGAAAUGUUUUACAUACACAGAAUAGAGCAGCUAGGAAUAGCACUGGUGAUGGACAAGAGAUGGGAAAAAUAAGGGAAUAGAGUUAAAAAUGAAACAAGGAAGGAAACAAGUGCAAAGGAGAACAUGAAGGAGGAGCCUGAAGAGGAUGUUUCAUGAACAAACUUUUGGAUCAUGGAUUUACACUAAGGUUGCUUUUCUAUGCUGGACAAUCCGAAAACCAGGUAAAUCCUUUCAGACUGUAACAAAGUCAUGACAGCUACUAAUUUUUAAUUUCUCUUUGUAAUUUUAUUAAUUUAUUUUUACUUGGCAGUUGGAGUUUGCUUACUAAACUCUAUCAAUGAGUGCAUUACCAAGAUAAAUUUGUAUGUUAUUAUUUGAGUUAGCUAGAAAGUGUGAAGGAUGCAAGUGUAUAAAUUCAGAUUUAGCUUUUAGACGGUGAAUGCUUUACGACAAGUAGAGGGCUUAUUAGAAAUGUUCAGUAUCUGCAUGUUGUAUUAGGCAGGCAGUAGAACUGGUUAAGGUAAAAUCAUUUAUUUUAUUUUUGCGACUUUCUCGGCAGUUUCCGUAUGUGACACUUUGGAAAUUUAGUUUUGAUGUGUUGUACCUUGCAGUAAGAUGGUGUCUUGAGAUUAUCAUGAGAUAAUCAUAGAAUGUAAAACUCAGUACUCUGUACUCAGAAAUGGUCAAUUCCCUUUUGUGACUUACAUACAUGUCAGACAUUUUUAGACUGACAUUUGAAUUAUCUCUAUAAACUCAAAUUGUAUGCCCUUCUGAUUUUGGCAGGAAAUGCAUUGAAGGGACAAAAUAUAAUUUUUUGGUACUAGUGGACAGUUUUUGGAAAUUUUGGUUAGAAAAUAUUUAUUUGGAUAAACAGACACAGCACACGUGGAAACAUCAUAUAUUGGAUAAAUGGUUAUGGAAAAUAGAUGGAUGGACAUACAAAUACAAACAGGAUAGUAUUGUGCAGAAUGUGUACAUCACAGGUGUACGUUAUGUGUAGCAUGAUGAGUGAGUGUCCUUCCUUACAACAAUAGAAUCCAUCUGAUAUUCACUAUACAUUCAUUGCUUUAUAUAAAAGAUUUUCCUGCAUUAGUCCAUGAGUAAACAGACCAAAAAGUUUUGAAAGUAAAAUAAAGGAAUUUUACACAUAGCCACCUUGUCUAAAAUAGAAUUUUUCUAUAUGCUUCAUGAGUUGAAUAAUACAAUGAUAAAUGAAAUUAGGCUGAUUAGUAUAUUUUUUUGACAUUUGUACUUUAUUGCAGAGGGCAUUUUCUGUAACGUGUGGCGGGUUUGCCUUACAUAUGAACAAAUCUAUGUAUUUAACGACUUCUCCUGCAUAUUCUGCAUCUUUAGGGAAUAGGUGAAUUUAGAUGAGGACAAAUCGCAAAGCAUUGGCCUUCUCAGUCCCACACAGAUAAGAGUCCAAGCUGUUAGUAUUACAAAAAUAAUCCAAGGCGGCCAACUGUUUUCAGUGUAACUACUUUUAUUGGAGAAAUGGUGAAGAACAACCUUCUGCCAGAUUAAAGCAAUGUAAUAUGAGGUUUCUUUCUUGAGGAUUUUAGAGACAAACACGUUGAACCGAUCAAUAUUAAACUUGAGUGUUGUGUGAAGUUCAAUUGCAGUUAGUAAUUAGUAUGCAAUUCAGUAGCCCUAAGCAGCAUCAUUUGUGAAGAUAAACCCAUAUAUAUUCAUUGCAGCUGUGUUGCAUAUAACUAACUCAUACCUUAGACUGGGGAUUAGAGUGAAGCUACAUGAAUUGAAUCCACUUUACUUGUGCUUCACUUCCUUCAGAGAAGGCGAGCACGUUGGCCCGAAUGCAGAAGGUCGCCGUGCAUUUAUAUUUACAAGAAUGAAUGGAUUUUCUCAUUAAUCCCUUGGCCCAAUGGCUUGUCUUCACACCCUGACUCAAUGAAUGAAACUUCUGCAUGUGUGUUUUUAAAGGUUAAAAAAAAAUUGCCUUCUGCACUUAAUAUACGUUUUGUUUGUUCAGCGGUGCAUAAAUACCCAUAUCUUUGACCUGCUUGUUCUAUCUGAUAUAACACAGAAAUAUCUUCCUGUAUGUAUUUUGUGUAUGAUUAUAUAACAUAUAUAUUACUCUAAAUCUGACUGUUAAACUUUCUGUGCUUUUAGGGAAAUGUAAAUGCCCUUUAUUAUAAUCGUCGUUGUUAUGUUAAUCCUUUCCGAAUGACUAUGCUGCAUUUUUAAGAUGUUAUUACACAAAUACUUGGUAAUGAUAUCUGAAAGUUGUUUUUUUUAUGUACUUACUAAAUACAACAAUGCCUGUAAUAUAGACUGACCUCUGAAGCAUGUUUACACUUUUACUUCUGAUGACUUUUGUAAAUGUCUACAAAAUGAAACCUUAAUCCCACUGUGCCAUGUUUUAAAUGCCACCAGCACUCUCCCAAACCAUUGUUGGCUGCUGUAUUAUAUUUUUAUAUGUUCAGUCUGACAUUUUCCUAUUCUGCGUGUUUUUAAACACUUACGGAACAUGGUUUUCGUCAUGCUACUUAUAGGUAUAUAAUUCAAUAUGAAAUGUACCACUAUAUAAUGCUACUUACUGGUAAUACUACUGAUAUUAUUAUACUCAUGGUUAUAUUUUGUUGUCUAUAUAUCGUUUUUGUAUGAAUUGCCUCUGCAUGCCUUACUUGAUGCAUUUGCUUUAGUAUCAAAUAUAUUAUCUAAAUAAAAAUGAUUAUUCAGA